ACGAUGUAUUCUGUCUGACCGAACACGGCGCCUCGAUCACACUCGUAUACCAUCCCUUGGGUCUCGACUCAGCGGUCUCCAACCCUUGCACACCUGUCGUCCCGACCUCAAUCGAGCGCAUCCCCUUUCGGCUUUGCCCGCCUACUUUAUCCACCCAAUACAUCACGCCGUUGCUGCAACGCAAGUGUGAUUCCUUGAAGAUUGUACUCUGGCACAGCCAGUCGAUCUCCUGGACUCGAUCUUUGGUGGCGGCUUUCCCGGCGACACCGUGUACAAUGCAUUUCGCCUACCCCCCGCGGAAAAGCUCGAACCCCGCGCCCUUCCGCCCGCGGUCCUCAAAAUUGCCGUCGGUGCGGCGGAGUCGCAUACGAGCCGUAGCGAUUGUGGCGCUUGUUUUCGUGAGCACAUUAUGGAUCAUCUCCAAGCUGUUUGGCUCGCGUAGCACAGUGGCCUGGGAGCCGUCAGGGAGUCCGCCGGUGGUGCUGGUGACGGUGCUGGACGAGUCGACGUACGGCAAGGCAUACGUGCAGAGCAUUCGGGAGAAUAGAGAGCGAUACGCCGCGUUUCACGGUUACGAAACCCUGAUCGCGAAUGUGGGCGACUACCCCCUCGACGAGGAUUCACCUUCCUCGUGGUCCAAGAUUCUCGCAGUCCGUCACGCCAUGACCAAGUUUCCCGAGUGUCGCUAUGUCUGGUAUCUCGAGCAAGAUGGCUACAUUAUGGAUCCGAGCAAGACGCUUGAGGAGCGCAUCAUGAACGGCGCAACGCUCGACGCAUUCAUGAUUAAGAACGAACCCGUCGUUCCGCCCGACAGCAUCAUUAAGACAAGUACUCGACUGCGAGGCAAGGAUGUCGACUUUGUGGUGACGCAGGACCGUGAGGGCCUAUCGGCGGGCAGUUGGGUUGUGCGGAAUGGGGUUUGGGCACGGUUCUUCCUCGAGACCUGGUUCGACCCGAUGUACCAGACAUACAAUUUCCAAAAGGCCGAGGGUCACGCGCUGGAACACCUCGUUCAGUGGCACGGGACGAUCCUCGCGAAGCUGGCUUUGGUGCCGCAGAAGACCAUUAAUGCCUACAAUCGUUAUGAUAAGGCGCAGGAGCUCUACAGGCCAGGCGACUAUGUCGUUCGAGCGACGGGUUGCACGCCGACGGGCGAGAGAAGCUGCGAGAAGGAGCUCGCUAGCUUCAAGACACAAUGGGAAGAGCAUUCGCGGCUUAUAAAUGAGAUGGACUGACGCGGACAUGGAAGCGAAGGGUGCGCGAUGUCUUUCGGCGGCGUUUCACUGGCAGCGUUUUGGCAUCAACUUGCGAGCUGGGGUGUAAGGAUUUGUGGACGACGGCGUUUCUUUGCUUUUCCUGCAUUCAGGUGAUGCGAGAGCCUAGGGAAAGGAGCAUCCUCGAUGGCCUCGAGGCCUGUAUAGUUGUAAAUUUUGGUGUUGCAUUAGAUGGUACAAAGGUGGCCUGGGAUCCUCUGGUCUUGAGGCAAUGGAUUGACCCCCG